AUGUGCAAGCGGGCAAGACUUGACGCGGCGGGCCUGCACGGCCGCCCCGCAGCCCUGCGCUUCUCGCUGCCGCCGCUGUACCCAUCAUCGCCAGGCUCGCCCGCGCGGCUGUCGCUGUCGUGCUGCGCCCCGAGGGAGCAGGCAGACGCACUGAACCAUGAGCUGCGGGCGCUAGCGUUAGCCGAAUGGGCGGGCGCGCCCUGCCUGCUGCUGGCGGCUGGGUGGCUCCUGGAGAAGGGGGCGGGCGACGAGCUCGGGCUUGGGGCCGAGCCAGGCGCGGCGCCGGGCAGCCCGCCCCCACCGCCACCGGCCGAGCGGGAGCGGCGCAUGCGCGCGGCGGUGUGGUUCCAUCACAUAUACAGCACCACCAAGCGCAAGCUCAUUGUCGCGUGGGCGCGUGAGCUCGCAAUCAUGGGUGCCAGCAAGCCGGGCGCGCCAGGUGUCAUCAUCUGCGAAGGGGCCGAGGGCACGGUGCGCGAGUACAUCGAGCGGCUCAAAUCUCUCAAGUGGCAGGCCAUGCAGGUUCGCGCAGAGCAGCUGAUUGAUGAUGACAGUAACGAGCAGCAGCAGCAGCAGCAGCAGCAGCAGCAGCAGCAGCAGCAGCAGCAGCAGCAGCAGCAACAGGAGGGAAACGAGGAGCGGCAACAGCAACAGUGGCGGCGUCGGCGUGAGAACAGAGGCGGCGAAGAAACGAGUAGGGGCCGUAGCGAUGUGACGAGCGCAUGCUUCGUGGACCCCUUCGUCGAGCUGGCGGAGACAGGCAUGUCUGACCUGGCGCGGAUGUGCCGGGCGGCGGGGGCGGAAGGCCUGCUGCAAGCGGUGCUCAAGCUGUGA